CAAGUACACACAUUUUCCAGGUGCUGUCAGCCUGUGACUACCUGUGACUGAGAUCAUGCACACCAAGGAAAACUCAUGCUGCUGUUCCUUUGAUGACUGCAAACUGACUACAGAAUGGCUGCUGAGCAGGACGAGACACAGGCCAAAGAUAGCUAUCGUGUGCGGCUCUGGACUGGGACUUCUCGCAGACAGUGUCUCAAAUAAACAGACCUUCCGCUAUGAGGACAUUCCCAAUUUCCCAGUGAGCACAGGUAACGGAUUCAUGGAAAUGUAUCAGAGCCAAACUGAAGGAACAGUUUACACCAAUUAUCUUUCUUUCUUUCUUUCUCUCUUUCUUUCUUUCUUAAGAAACAAGCUACAGAAGCAUUAUGUUUUUUCAGAGAGGUUCUGUGCUGUGAGUAACAGCUUGUAUUUUCUGUGGGAAUUUUUCCAGGUCACGUUCCCCGUGCGGAUCUUCAAACUGAUGGGUGUGGAGACCAUUGCUGUGACAAAUGCCUCUGGAGGUCUCUGUCAGGAUUUCAAAGUGGGAGACAUCAUGGUCAUUAAAGACCAUAUUAACUUGCCAGGGUUUGCUGGACAGCACCCUCUAUGUGGACCCAAUGAUGAACGAUUUGGGAUCCGGUUUCCUUGCAUGUCUGACGCAUACAGCAAAGACCUGAGGAAACUUGUUUUGGACAUCACUGCUGAGCUGGGCUACUCCAAUUUUGUGCGUGAGGGUGUCUACUGUAUGGUUAGUGGACCAAACUUUGAGACCAUCGCUGAGGCACGCAUGCUGCACAUCUUGGGGAGCGACUCUGUUGGCAUGAGCACGGUUCCUGAGGUGACGGUAGCCAAGCAUUGCGGACUGCGGGUCCUGGGUCUCUCGCUCAUCACCAAUAAGGUUUCUCUGGACUACAGCCGCGAGGAGAAAGUGAAUCACGAGGAGGUGCUGCAGAUCAGCAAGAUGAGAGCUGAGAUGCUCCAGAAUGUGCUCGUAACCUUCAUCGCUCGCUCUCACCAAGUGGACACCAUCAACAACAGCAACUGCAUCAACUCAAAUGCCAUGUAGGUUCAAUCAAACCAGUUGAAUUAAGGGCACUGUGGAAGUCAUGUGAAUGUAUACUACAAAUAUUAAAGGGCUAGUUCGCCCAAAAAUGAAAAGUAGCCCAUAAAUUACUCACCCUCAAGUCAUUCUAGGUGUAUAUGA